CGCUAAUCGAGUCGAACUGCGCGUCAUGCAUAAAGCACAUGCAUAGAGCGCACAGGGAAGAAUGGAGUGGAAUAAGACCUUGAGAGAUCAGUUUAAAUUCAGGGAUGCACUGUGUCUAUAGCAUAUAAAAGCACGCUUAUAACGCCUUUAAUACCAUUCAGUGCAUUGCAGAGUUUUGUAUUAAUGGUGUGCGUUUUGCGCGGAUCUGGUUAAGUCUUGUUUGGAGGGAUAUCAGCGUGCAGAGCACGGAUUCACUUUUUGUCAGAGGCAGUUUGCACGAGGGAGGUAAGGCUGCAUACAAUGGGUGCUCUAGUGCCAUUCAUAUUAGCGCUCUCUCUUGGUGCUGCGUGGGGAUGCCAGCUGCCCCAUGACUGGAGACCUCAGACUGAAGCGUGCAGGGCAGAACUAGCGGAGAUAAUCGUCUUUGCCAAGGUGCUCGCCAUCCACAAGGAGUCUUACAGCGUGUACAACUACCUGCCGUGGCAGUACGAAACAGAUCUGUUCUUCUCCGCGGAGAUCGAGCUGCUGUGCGAUCAGGCAUGGGGCAGUAUGCUGGAGGUGCCAGCCGGCUCCAGGUUCAAUGUGAGCGGACUGGGAUAUUUCCCCUGCUACUCCUACAGCGUCAUAGAGAAUAACUCCUACUAUUUCUUUCUGAGAAUGGAUGAAAAUUACAGCAUCAUUCCUCAUGGUGUUAACUUCCAGGACCCCAUCUUCCCAGACACCCCAGAGAACCAUCGCAUGUUUGCCAGUUUGUUCCAGUUUUCCAACUGCACAGCCGGCACACAGGUUCACAUGUACACUCCAGACUGGGAGGUGCAGGAGGACAACAGACUAUGGUGCUCCAACGUGCAGAAGGCCUUAUUUGAGGAGGAAGAGAGAGUCAAAAAUCUCUCUCAGAAAGUGAAGACCCUGGAGAAGGCCAACAACCACCUGAGGGAAAAGGUGAAGAAUAUGAAACGUCUCUUGAGGCAGGCCAAACGGGAGACUAAGGAGUCACUUCAAAGCUUCAAAGAGAUUCACGAAGCCAAACCUGAGCUGUCCCAUCCACAGCAGGACACCACGCAGGACCAGAAACCCACUCUCAAGAAAAUCCUGGCCAAAAAGCACAAGAACUAACGUUCCUCCAUGGGAGAAAUGAAGAUUGUAGUCAAAGCAUAUUGCCAAAUCAAGAUGAAAGGCCACAGGUAUCUAUAAAGGUAGCAUAGAUUUUGAAAGGUUCACAGUUAUGAUGAACCAUCUACAGAAAAUUAUCCUUGAUAAACAAAAGAAUCCAUCUUGCAAAGUGUCAUUAAACUAGUUCAAUUGUUCUUUACUGCAUUUUAGCCAAACAAUUUUCAUAUAGCAGACUAUAUAAUAUCACUGAAAAGCAAAACAAGAAAAUAAUACACACAAACAAUAUUCUGACUUUAUAAUGAUCAAUCCUUCAUCGUGAUCCUCGAUAAAAUUUGAAAAUAUUUAGACUGUACAAUAAAAGAAAUGAAGUCCCCCAUAAACACAAAAUUUUAGUUUUGUGGGUAUAGUUACACGUCUAUAAACUUUGAAGCCAUCUAUGUGCUAGUCUACUCCCUGAAAGUUGACAUAACCAUUUGCAGAUAUACAUAUGGAUUUUAUGUGUACAAAACAAUGACUCAUCUUGCACUGCACAGGUUUUUGUCCAAUCAAGUGCUCUCUAGAAUGAGAAUGUCCCUCUCACUUAUACCACUUGCAACUGACUAGCAAGAAGCAAAUUAUGGUUCAUGGCUGUGGCAUAACUAAAGCCUAUUGCCUAUUAGUAUUUUGGCUUGAAUAAAUAAAUAAAGGGGAAAGUCCUUUCAUAUGUCCUGCCCAAGCACAAACUGUAAACUAAUAGGAAAUGUAUCAACACUUAGGAUAGAAAACUCAUCAUGUGAUUUCAUUGGGUCUAGGGCAAUAAAAUCCAAUGACAGUUUGUAAAAAAGACUUGAUUUUAUGCCUAGAAGCUGAUGUUGUUGGUAAUCAGGCAGAGCCUGACAAGGUCACAGAUAAAGAUCAGUGUUUUGUGAAUUUAUUUGCCAGGUGAUUAUAUUGAGUUAUGCAGUGGGACCUACAUUUUGGAAAAGUGCAAUGAUACUGACUUCCAGUCUACAAAAAAAGAAGAAAAAAUCAUCAAUUUCUGUAAAAGCCUUCCAGCCUAAACCCCGAAGAAACAUCUAUCUGUCUGUACAAGACAGACCAAAAAUCUUGUUUGGGACAUUGUGUAGAAGUGGUUCCAUACCUAAAUGACCUAUGACCAUUUAUGGGUAAAAAUAUGUUUUCAAGAGUCAGUACACAUUAAUUUGCUAGUUUAGCAAGCGAUCCUUUUUCCAUUUGUUACCUUGCAUUUAAUGUUUUGUAAAAGUUUUUUAUACUUUGAGUGAAUAUGAGUUUUAUAGUUGCAAACAGGGUGCUGAGCGCCUGAUAUACAUAACCUAAAACAUAUUUUCUCAUGUACAUUUUCACCAUUUGUGUCAACUGUUUACUGACGUGAUUUAAAGCUGGUGUUAUUGAUGUAUAACCAUUACCUGUUUAACACAUUCACAUAUAUGCUAAUUAAAUAAACUUUGUUUUUCACU